UUUAAGCUGUCUCCACCACUUCCCCUACAACAGCCCCCGCACAACACGCUUUCAGUGUCUUUUUUUGGAAAACGCAGACUGGGUGCGAUGGAAGUGAAGGUGUCUGUGGACGGUAUCCCACGCGUGGUCUGUGGAGUCACAGAGGAAACAACAUGCCAAGACGUGGUCAUAGCGUUGGCUCAAGCCCUGGGUCAGCCCGGACGCUACACGUUACGGGAGAAGUUCAAAGACUUUGAGCGGUGCAUGACGCCCAACGAACGCCUUCUGGAGACUCUGGAGAAGUACGGUGAGCAGGCCAGGGAGGUCCAGCUCACACUGCUCCACAACGGAGCCUCUGUCUGGGAUGAAAUGAGCAGAACAAAAGUCGGCAGAUACCAACCUUGCCCGCCACUGAGAAGAAAAGAUGCAGGGGCUCGGAUGCGGCGGAGCAGCGGUUCACUUAGUUUGCAUCGCCAAAGCUUGCCGCCGUUGACUUGUUUGAGGCAGGAAGCUGAGCAGCAAAAGGAAGAAGUGAAAAGGCCUAAAAGAAAGUCUCUGACGCUCAUGGAGGAGGCCUGGGAAUGGCUGGAGAGUCUGGGGAAAGGCAAGGUCUACAGUACUGCCUGCGAUAAGGAAAGCAGUAAGAGGGCCGAUAAAAGGAACCGUACCUCUCUGGAUGUUUGUCUCACUGUUGACAAAGACAACUUGGGUCGAAGCAGCAGAGGCAAAGUCAGAGGCGAGAAAAGUUUCAAGUCAGACUUGGAUCGUCAAACGUCCUGCUGCAUGGGAAGUCAGACGAGAGGUAAAGAAAGCAAACACUACAAGAAAAGUCAAGAGGCUAAAGCCGACGACCUGUUCAGCUCAAGCUGCGUUACGGUUGAAGAUGAGAAAAACAGCCUGAGAGAGACCGUCAUAUGUCAGCUCGGCUGUCUGCAGGAUUUACAGGUGCAGAUUGCACUCAUAGACAAACAGAUUUCUGAGCUGGAGGAGAAACAGAGGGCCAAAAGAGCCGAGCAGGAAGCGCAGCAGAGAACGGCUGAAGAGGAGACGGAGCUGAUAAGGUUUUGGGAGAAUGAAUUAAAGGCAGAGGAAGGUUAUGAGAAAGAUCUGCAGCGUCAGUUCCUAGGGAUGAGGGCAAAGGCUGUUGAUUGCAAGGCCACACUGGAGGAGUACAAGCACAAAAUACAGGGGCUGGAUUUCUUUGCCUCUCAAAGCGUCGCUGGAGAGGAUUCAGAGAUGAUUUCAAAAGCCGGUGCAAACGCCGCCACUGAGCUUUCAACCAAGUACGGGAAUCGCCAACGAUCUGACCCAGAUGGGGAUGUAAACGUUAACAGGAAGUUCCUGCCCAGAAAAGACUUCAACGCUCCUCAUGCUCUAGUUUCUCCCAGCCAGAUGAAAGAGCGGCGGCCCACGGGUCCUGCAGAGCUCAGGGAGUGGUGGACACGCUGGUCUGAAGCCCAAAGCUCUCAAUUACAGACUAAAAAGAAGGUGAUUCACCGCUCUGAACUGACUAUAUAUCUGGGCGGCACGAAGGUUUAGAAUCUAAUGAAUGCUCCUUUGUGCCAGUUUAAUUCCUCUCGUCGCAGGGCUCCAAUCCUCUGGGUUUAACUUGUAUUGAGUGUUUGUACCCAAGACUUCCUGUAUGUAUGUGGCUGGAAUGGAGCCCCAGCACUGUGGUGCAUUCACUUCCACACGAGCCCAGUCCUCCCACGGUUUGUUCCCUCCGGUGAGCCCCCUAGUGAUUGAAUAGGCUCCAUGUCAGAGGUGAGACCCUGUGGUCCAAGAGCAUUAUUUUAUUUUU